AUGACUAGCGUCUACGUAAUAGUCCGAAGCGAGGGGGAAAUCGACUCCUUCGCCAUCGGCAACACCCUGCUGAACCUGGGCAUCAACGAGAGAGCGAAACUACUAAAAAGUGGUGACUACCUCGUCGAGGUGAAAGAUAGCGAGACAGCGAACAGCCUGAUACAAGUACAAGAGCUUGAGGAUGGCACCAAAGUGAAGGCUGAGUUACACCCGUCAAUGAACGGGAGUAAGGGAGUCAUCCGAUGUCCGGCGCUGGCGAGCCGAUCAGACGAUGAGAUAAAGGAGAAACUCAACAUCCCAACGUUGACGAGGGUGCAGGGAAAAGGUAAUGGAGUCUACGUACUUACCUUCCAGCUCCCGCAGCCACCCAAAGAAAUACGAGUAGGAGCGCUAAUGGUAAAGGUGAGCCGCUUCUACCCGCGCCCCCUGCUUUGCAGGGGGUGCUUCGUGUAUGGACACGCACAGGAGCAUUGCCGCAAUAAAAGACACUGUAAUAAGUGUGGCCAGUACCAUGGAGACGCAGAGUGCGGGCCCACCAAGUGCCGCAAUUGUGGUGGGCCCCACGUGCCCACACAACCGUGGUGUCCGGCGUGGAAACAGGAGAUGGCAAUAAACAAGAUAAUGACCGAUAAAGGAAUCCCGCCAAUCAAGGCGAGAGCCCUUUACAAGCGAGAACACAAAAAAUCAUACAUCAACACGCCUCGGGUCGACGCGGAAGUUCGUCGCGCAGAAGAUGAACCUGGACCAUCCCAGAAACGGCCCGCGAAACCCGUUCUGAAGUCACCAAGCGAAGGCGAGAGCGAGGACAACCGUCCAACCGCUACGCCACCGGCCAAGAAAGCUAAGGCGAAGAUCCGACGCAAGUCUACUAAGUACUGA